AUGCACCAGCGUAGUGGCAUGUUCAAUGAUUGGUAUCAGCUCGAUAGUCUGCAAUGGUUACAAGAAGCUCGGGCUUGCGGGACAUGUCCAGUCGAGGGUCGCGGUCGCGUCGUGGGUCGUCACGGCGUCCUUAUUCUUAUACCAACACACACAACAGACGACGAAGAUCUUCAACGCACUAUCAACAUAACAUGGAGAAGAGCAGUAACUCGUCGUGAUAGCACUCGUAGCAGCUUAUCGAAUAAGAACGUCACCUCUCCCAAGGGCGAUGUUACACCCUUCUGCGCUCAGACUCCUUCGUCGUCUACUGGUAGCACUAUCAUAGGUUCCCAGAUUGCGCCUCCCGUGGCACCUAAGGAUUUUCGCGUUCCUCUCACUUGCUUCUUCUGGUAUCAUACCGGAUCAUGCAAAAAGCCCGACAAUAAGUGCCUAUACGCACACUACCACACCGGCACCGUCGCAGAACCACCCAUCUCGAUCAACGGCAAAGCCAUGGGCGGCACCAGAGCUAAAAACAUGCUUGGUAACAUCAGCCAGCGUGAGGAAGAACUGAGCAUCCGUAGCACGGAGAUUCACGAUGGCGAGCAACGCCUUAUUGCUGCACGAGCCAACCUAGAAGAGCGUCUCAACGCAUUGGCUGCACGCGAAAAACACAUCCAGCAGCGUGAGGAGGCUAUCCAGCAACGCGAAGAUACUGUUCAACAGCGUGAGCAAACUAUCCAGCAGCGUGAGCAAACACUCCAGCAACGUACCCAAGCCAUCCAGCAGCGCGAACACAACAACCACUCUCGCGAACAAGCUUUCGCGGUCUUCGAAGAAGCAAUGCUACGCCAACUAGAAGCAAGCUACACCAACAUAACCUCCACAGUCUCUCAAAUGCGCAGAGCCGUGUCCAAUGCCCAAAACAUCCUUACCAAUCGUCGUCACCAAGUUCUCUACCACGAAAACUUUUCCAACAGUUUGCAAGGUACUUUUGGUCAAGGUAGAUAUGGUGGUUCUAUUGCUAUUGACGGCGCUAUUGGUGCUCUGGGUGGAUUGGAUCAGAUGCUUUUGCAGGGCGAGAUUAACCUUCAUGCUCAGAUCCACAAUGCUAUCAAACGCCAGUAG